UCAUAAUAAUUUAUCAGAGAUUGUGGUUGAACUGCUGAUGACAUUACAUGACCCACCUAACACUAAGGCAGAAGAGGGAUCUCAUCUAAGUAAAUAUAUUAGGGAACUGGAUCCUGCUCCUAAUCCUCCUCAUUUUCCUUCUUACGUGAUUAAGGCAACCUUGGACCACAUUAGCAACUGUCACAAAAGCAAACUAAAAAGUCUCGUUGCAGUUCUUUCUAAAAGCCCUGAUUCAUUCCAGAAAAUUCUGCUAGCCCUUUGUAAGCAUGCAUCAGAUACAAACAAUAUAUACAAGAAGCACAGAGUUCUUACAAUUUAUCAUUUCUUUGUUAGUCUGUUACUUAAAGAAAUAAAAGAUGGUUUAGGAGGAGCAUGGGCUUUUGUCCUUCGAGAUGUGAUCUAUACGCUGAUUCACCACAUCAGCAGCAGGUCUUAGGCUUGUUGAAGUAUCUAGUGAUAGACAGUAAGGAUAAUGAAUACCUCUACCAAGCAAUCAAACGCUUAGAUCCUUUUCCUGAAUAUCCUGCUUUUAAAGAGCUGCGAACAACUCAACUGGAGAUAAAGUACAGUAAGGGACCAUAUUCUCUUUUGGAGGAAAUUAAUCGCUUUCUCUCAGUUAGUGUUUGUGAUUCACUGCCCUUAACACGACUUGAAGGACUGUAUGAUUUACGCAAACAAUUGGAACAAUAUAAGGAUCAGAUGAAGGAUCUCCUGAAAAUUUUUCAGGAAAAACCAGAAGAUUCUGUAAUGGUGAAGCUUGUGGUGAGCUUACUGCAGCUGUCCAAGAUGGCGCUUAAUCAUGCAGGUGAAAAAGCGGUGCUGGAGGCUGUGGGAAGUUGCUUGGGAGAAAUAGGUCCCAUGGAUUUCUCCACCAUAGCUCUUCAGCAUGCUGAAAAUGCACUGGAUUCUAAAGCAUUGGAUUUGCUUGAAGAUAAAAAGCUUCAGUGGGUUUUCAUAAUGUUAACUCAAAUAAAUACCGCUUUAACGGAUAAUUGUAUUGAUGUUAGAGCUGCUGCUGUUUCCUGUUUGAAAAACAUAUUAGCCACCAAUUCUGGCAGUGAAUUUUGGGAAGUUUAUAAAAAUAAAGGUGAUCCCAUGUUAAUCUAUCUACAGCCUUUCAGAAUGUCCAAGAAGAAGGUUUUGGCAGUGCCAGCUAACGAUUCAGAGGCUUCUUCAGAAACUUUGGAUGACACAAAUCUGUGGAUUCCUCUGGGAGAAAGUCAUGAGACCUGGAUCAAGAACCUAACCCGUUCAAUACUGGACAGCGGAGGCGUGCAAAAUGAAGUUCUCCAGUUAAUGAAGCCACUAUGUGAGGUGAAAACGGACUUGAGUCAAACUUUGCUUCCAUACCUGAUUCAUGAUAUCCUUCUUCAUGAUUCAAAUGAAUCUUGGCGAAAUAUUUUGUCAGUUCAUGUACGGAAGUUUUUUACUGCCUGUUGCAGAUUUGCCUCAUCUAGUAGAUCUGCUACACCACCAAAUUCUGACUCAGAGCAAGAAAGCCAUGUUCUUAGAAGUUUGGAUAAAGUGUCUCGAAGAACCAUGCUUGCUGUCAUUGAUUACUUAAGGAGGCAAAAGAGAUCUGUUUCAGGUACAGUUUUUGAUGACAGCUUCUGGCUAGAUCUGAAUUAUCUUGAGGUUGCUGUAGCAGCACAGUCUUGUGCUGCUCACUUCACAGCCCUGCUCUAUGCAGAAAUCUAUGCAGACAAGAUAAAUAUAGACAAACAGCAAGAAAGGUCUUCUUUUAAAGCAGCUAAAAGUCUGACAUUUGAAGAAGAAAGUGAAAAAUCAACUAUUUCUAUUUUGAAUGAAAAAAGUAAAGAAACUGGCAUAAGUUUACAGGACCUUCUCAUGGACGUAUAUAAAAGUAUUGGAGAGCCUGACAGUCUCUAUGGCUGUGGUGGGGGAAGAAUGUUACAGCCAUUAGCACGGAUAAGAACUUAUGAGCAUGAAGCAGUAUGGGAUAAAGCUCUUCUAAUAUACGACCUUGAGGCAACCCUUACUCCAUCUACUCGCCAGGCAGGAAUAAUAGAGGCUUUGCAGAAUUUUGGGCUUUGCCACACUCUUUCCAUAUAUUUAAAAGGACUGGAACACAAAAACACUGAGUGGUGUGCAGAACUACAGGAAAUACGCUACCAGGCAGCAUGGAGGAACAUGCAGUGGGACAACAUCUCUUCCGUCAAGAAUGAGACAGGAGGAUCCGGGUACCAUGAAUCAUUGUAUGAUGCUCUUCAGUCUUUACGAGAUAAGGAAUUUUCUACCUUUUAUGACACUCUUAAAGUUGCCAGGGUGAAUGAAGUAGAAGAGCUGUGCAAAGGCAGUCUCGAGUCUGUGUAUACAUUAUAUCCAAGUCUUUGCAGAUUACAGCUAAUUGAAGAAUUGGAAAAUAUAGGUCUACUAUUUUCCAGACCUGCUACUACUCAACAACUGAACGAUAUUUAUUUGAAAUGGCAGAGACAGUCCCAGCUCCUCGAGGACAGCGACUUCCGUUUCCAGGAACCUAUCAUGGCUCUGCGCACUGUAAUUUUAGAGGUCUUGCUUGAAAAGGAGAACGAAAAUGCCAGAAGAGAAUGUAUUAAAGACAUUCUCACCAAACAUCUCGUGGAGCUCUCUAAAUUGGCAAGAACCGCUAAUAAUACCCAGCUUCCAGAAAGAGCUAUGUUUCAGAUUAAACAACACAACCCAACACAAUAUGGAGUUUCUGAAUGGCAACUAGAAGAAGCUCAGGUUUUCUGGGCUAAAAAGGAAGAGAGUCUUGCACUGAAUAUUCUUAAAGAAUUGAUAAAAAAAUUAGAUGCAAAUUGGUUUCAGGUGGAGAAUGAUCCACACCUGAAAUUAAUGUAUACAGAGUGUCUGAGGCUGUGUGGAACCUGGCUAGCAGAAACACGUUUGGAAAACCCUACCGUCAUCAUGCAGAAAUACUUGGAGAAGGCUGUGGAAAUUGCUGCAAGGCACCAUGGAGACAGCAGUGAUGAACUGGAGAAAGGAAAAACAAAGGCUUUCCUGUCUUUGGCUCGUUUCUCAGAUAAUCAGUACCAGCGAAUUGAGAACUACAUGAAAUCCUCAGAGUUUGAAAAUAAGCAGGCAUUACUGAAGAAGGCCAAGGAGGAGGUUGGCCUCCUGAGGGAGCGUAGAGUUGAGACAAACAGAUAUACAGUGAAGGUUCAGCGAGAGCUUGAGCUGGAUGAAUGUGCCAUACAUGCCCUAACUGAGGAUCGUCAGCGUUUCUUGUGUAAAGCAGUGGAGAACUACAUCAACUGUUUGCUAAGUGGAGAGGAACAUGAUAUGUGGAUCUUCCGACUCUGUUCCCUAUGGCUUGAAAAUUCUGGAGUUGAUAGAGUCAAUGAAAUGAUGAAGAAAAAUGCAGAGAAAAUCCCUUCUUACAAGUUUUUGCCUCUGAUGUACCAGCUGGCUGCUCGAAUGGGAACCAAGAUGAUGGGUGGUCUAGGAUUUCAUGAAGUUCUGAAUAAUCUAAUGUCUAGGAUUUCACUGGAUCACCCACAUCACACUUUGUUUAUAAUAUUGGCUUUGGCAAAUGCUAACAAAGAUGAACUCCUGACAAAAACAGAUGCAAAAAGAACAAAUAAGUUAAUUAAAAACGCACCAAAAGAAAUUUCACAGCUUGAUGUGGACAGAAUGGAGGCUGCUGGAAAUAUAAUCAACAUCAUAAGAAAAAGGAGAGCUCCCAUGGUUAGAGAUAUAGAAGCACUUUGUGAUGCUUACAUCACAUUAGCAAAUGUAGACGCUACUCCAUGGAAAACUAAAAGAGGAGGAAUAAGUAUUCCAGAUGACCAGCCAAUUACUAAACUGAAGAACCUGGAGGAUGUUGUUGUUCCUACCAUGGAAAUUAAGGUGGAUCCUACAGGAAGAUAUGAAAAUUUGGUGACAGUAAGGUCUUUUAAGCCAGAAUUUCACUUAGCAGGAGGUCUGAAUCUGCCAAAAAUAAUAAAUUGUGUAGGAUCAGAUGGUAAAGAAAGGAGGCAGCUGGUGAAGGGCCGUAACGAUCUGAGACAAGACGCUGUUAUGCAGCAGGUUUUCCAGAUGUGUAAUACCUUGCUCCAGCAAAACACUGAAACACGGAAGAGAAAAUUAACCAUCCGAAGAUACAAGGUAGUUCCCCUUUCUCAGAAGAGCGGUGUGCUCGAGUGGUGCUCAGGAACGACGCCCAUUGGGGAGUUCCUUGUGAAUGCUGACAAGGGAGCCCACAGGAGAUACAGGCCUCACGAUUACUCCAGUUUCCAGUGCCAGAAGAUAAUGAUGGAUGCACAAAAGAAACAUUCUGAAGAGAAAUACAACAUCUUCAUGGAGCUGUGUGACAAUUUUCAACCUGUGUUUCGUUAUUUCUGCAUGGAAAAAUUCCGGGAUCCAGCUGUGUGGUUUGAAAAGCGGUUGGCGUACACUCGCAGUGUGGCUACGUCUUCUAUAGUCGGCUACAUCCUUGGACUUGGAGACAGGCAUGUUCAGAAUAUCCUGAUAGAUGAGCAAACUGCAGAACUGGUGCAUAUAGAUCUGGGAGUUGCUUUUGAGCAAGGUAAAAUCCUUCCCACACCAGAGACUGUUCCAUUUAGAUUAACCAGGGACAUUGUGGAUGGAAUGGGCAUUACUGGAGUAGAAGGAGUCUUCAGGAGAUGCUGUGAGAAAACAAUGGCUGUCAUGAGAAAUUCUCAGGAAGCUUUGCUGACUAUUGUGGAGGUUCUGCUCUAUGAUCCCCUUUUUGACUGGACCAUGAACCCCUUGAAGGCUUUAUAUCUGCAGCAGAGACCAGAGGAUGAGGCUGACAUGAGCUCUACGCUCAGUGCUGAUCCACGAGCAUGUAAAAGGAAAGCCAGCAGUGAUGACAAGAGCUUUAACAAGGUGGCUGAGCGCGUUCUGAUGAGACUUCAGGAGAAGCUGAAAGGCGUUGAGGAGGGAACAGUGCUCAGCGUGGGAGGGCAGGUGAACCUGCUGAUACAGCAGGCCAUGGACCCUAAAAACCUGAGCCAGCUCUUUCCUGGCUGGAAACCCUGGGUGUGACUUGGAAGGAUCCAGUAAGUUUGGGGAAGAAAUGAUUUUUCAGCAGCAAAUGUCUUAGCAUUUCAAAUUUGUAUUUCCGUAUUAAACACUGGAUCAGGUCAACUGUAAAUGCUGAUAUGUAUAGGUAUUAUGUUUUUGGGUGGUUUGUUUUUUCAUUAAUUUGUUGCCAAGGAAACAUUAUUUUCUUCCUUCACUUAAGUUCACAAUACAGCGUAAAAGCAAGCAGUGCUUUGCUGUUCUCUGUGGCUUGCAGGGACUUUGCUCAUACAUAAUGUUCUUAAAGCCUGAUAAUCAUCACUUGUCUAACUGCUAAAUAUCAAGUCUUGCAGAUAGUAAUUCAGUAUUGUAACACAGCUGUGGAGAAUGGACAAUCUGAAAAGCAGGCAUGGUGAAAUAAGUGUCUGGAGUGCAUUUUAGGGGUGAGGGAAAGGAGACAUUUACAUUAAAGAUAGUGCCACAGUGAUAGUUGGCUGAAGUGCAACAGAAAACAAGAGAACUUCCUGUUUAAUGAGCUGGAAAUUCUGGAUAUUUUUUUUUAGCUUAGUUAAAUGGGGUAUGACCUUUGAGCCAAGUGUAAUAUUACUGCUUUUUUUUUUUCCUGGGGAAAUUGUGCUAGUAUUUUAUUUUUAUAAAUCACUUACAUUUUCUAUUUUGCUAUAGCAUUACUAAAAUGCUGUAAAAUAUAUAUAUAUAUAUUUUGUUUUUGUAACUAACUUCUGUGGUAAAACAGACUGACUCUACAGUGGUAUACAAGAAAUGCCUCUGAGCCAAUCAUUCUGUUUCACGAGUACCUUCAGAAACAUUGAAGUUGUGUUUUAAGUACAAAAAACAAUAGUAAUUGUACUCAUUUUUACAAAAGACAUUGCUUCUUCCGAAAUGAAAAGAAAUAGAAAUUUUCAUUAGUGAGUACCGAUAACAGAAGAAUCUCGUCAAAUAGCACUCUCACUGGUGUAUCUAAUAAAUCUUUCUGAAUCAUCUCUAUAUUUAAAAUUACGAACAAAAUUUGGUGUACUCUCACGUUAUCCUACAUUACACUUUAUGCAUUUUUACAGCAGCAUAAGCAAAGAAUUUCUGGUCUAAUCUACAUUUCAUUGAAUUCUAUUUUCUCACAGCUUUGACGCGGGAUCUUUGUUAUAUAUGCUAAUACCAACAUAAUGAGAAGAAUCUUUUGCUUUCAUGAUGCUGACAUAAAGUUCUGUUGAUCCUUGGAACCAAAAGUGCGUUGUGGCUUUUCUCUGGGGAGCAAUAGCUCCCAUGCUGGAAUAUUGCUGUUUGCUCUUUGGAAAUGGAACUUAGGAAAGGCCUGAACAACAAACGCUUGAACAGCUUGUACUGUUAAGCACAGAUUAAAGAAAAUCCAGUUGUGCUUCCUCAAGUUUCUUUCGCAUGCUUCUAAUAGCAGACGUUCUUUAGGCUUUUUUAUUUUUUAAUAUUAGAGCUCUCACUGAUCAUAGAAAUGAAUGUGUUUGGCAGAUCCUGUCCUUCCUUCAUGAGUUACAGAUGCUCCACUUGAAAAGGAAUACUUUCAUCUUGCUGGGCUGCGAUUUAGCCUCGUUAUUUGAAACAAACACUGAAACCGUUCAUAUUAAUACAACUGUCUAAGGAAUGUCUAACUUCAGAGGAAAUAAUACAUCUAUUCCUCUGCUAUGUUGUUAGCUUGCUGUUUAGUGUCUAGGUUAUUGUGUUACCUGUGCAAAGCCUCAUGCAUCCAAAUAGUAACCAGCAAAGAUGGUGCUUUCUAAUUAUUUUUUGUUCCAGUAAUUCCUUAAUUUUUAAACAUCAAAAUUAGUGAAUAGUUUCCAAAACUGUAUUGUCUAUAGAUAUACAGUUUCCAUGUAUAAGAGUAGAAAAAUAGAAACCUGGAUGAAAAUGCUCUUUAAUUCUGAACAAUGGUUAUAGCAGAAAUGCUACUUCUGAAGAUACGGUGACCUAGCAGUUGAGAGUCUCAUAUAUUUACUAUUAAGCUGCAGACACAGGAGGACAAGUUAUGUUGCAUUUUUAGUAUUAUUUUCUUCCUGGAAAUUGUCUUAGUAAUUUAAAACACAUUUGGAAAAGAUCCUUUCUGAGAAAAAUGAGCAGUGAGCUGAUACACAGGUGAAGAGUUUUUAACAGAGUUUGAUUUGUUGAAGACAGCGAUGUCUGUUUAAAAUUAACUAUUUCUGAUGUAACUUCUGUUGGACAAAUGUCCUCAGGAGUGCGCAGUGUAGCAGUGUGGGUAUCAGCAGGUAACCCAGUUCAGAAGACAGAACCUGAAUGAAUUUUUCCAUCGUCAGUGUCCCAUGAAUAGGAAUCAAGUCAAACUGGUCACCUGGGGAGCUGCAUCCUAUUUAGAGAAAACCAGGAUGUCCAUCUGCGUGAGUGCAGAUCUGGAAAUAUCGCUUGUUCUUACAGAUAAAAACAACUGAAAGUAAUUUUCCCAGAAACUGUGAGUUAGUUAGGUCACUACUGUCUGUUACUAUGAAGUUCUGAAUGUAUAAAAUACAUUCAUUACUACUACUUCUUGAGCACGCUAAAAUGUUAGGCUUCGUAUUUUCAGGGAAUAAGGAAAUGCAAAUAGCUAUAAAAGAUCCCCCUUUUGAA